CUCUCUCUCCCUCAUCAGUAUUCAUUGCUGAUAUUCAUCACAAUUAACACAAAAAUGUCUGCAAUUGUAAUUUAAACCAAACUACUCGAAAGAUUUCUUUCUUUUUCGAUUGUGUUUUUGUUCGUCACAACUGUUCCUGUCAUUCCAAGUCUAGGGAGGUUGUUAAGAGGCGAAAAUGGGACAUUGGGUUGAUUCCAUUGUCCUUGGUUCUUCGUAUUAUUUCAUGGUUUUGGCUGUUUUUUGGUGCAAUAAUCAGGUAGGAAAUGCGGCUGCUACCAGGGGGUGUGAUUUGUUCAAGGGCAGUUGGGUUUAUGAUCCAUCUUACCCUCUUUACUCAGACUGGGCUUGUCCUUUCAUCCAAAGAGAGUUCAGUUGUCAGAGAAAUGGACGCCUGGAUACGCUUUACUCUCAAUACCGAUGGCAGCCUCUUCAGUGCUCCCUCACAAGAUUUGAUGCAUUGAAGUUCCUAGAAAAUUUCAGAGGGAAGAGCAUAAUGUUUGUGGGAGACUCUCUAAGUCUAAAUCAAUGGCAAUCCUUGACAUGCAUGCUUUAUUCUGCACUUCCUAAUGCCAAUUUCAACAUUUCUCGAGUUGCAGCUAUCUCCAUUUUCCAAUUCCAGGAUUAUGAAGUGAAGGUGAUGCUUGAUCGAAGUUUGUAUUUAGUAGAUGUUGUGAGGGAAGACAUUGGGAGGGUUUUGAGACUUGACUCAAUUGAAGGAGGCCAGUUAUGGAAAGGGAUUGACAUGCUUAUCUUCAAUACUUGGCAUUGGUGGUACCGUCACGGACCAGGUCAACCAUGGGAUUUUAUUGAAGUAGGAGGCGUAAUUAUGAAAGACAUGGACCGUAUGCUUGCUUUUGAAACAGCACUCAAAACAUGGGCUGCAUGGGUGGAAGCCAACAUCGAUCCUUCAAAAUCUCUCGUCUUCUUCCAGGGAAUUUCUCCAUCACAUUACAACUCAUCUUUAUGGAAUGACCCAAAGGCAAAAGGGUGUUUAGGGCAAGAGCAACCAUUGUUAGGGUCAAGCUAUCCAGGAGGUGUUCCACAAGCUUUAGGUGUACUGAAGAGAGUGUUGAGCACAGUGAGAAAGAAGGUUAAAUUGCUUGAUAUAACGGUGUUGUCGUUGCUACGCAAAGAUGGGCAUCCCUCGGUGUAUGGAUUUGGAGGGUCAACAGGAUUGGAUUGUAGCCAUUGGUGUUUAGCUGGUGUUCCAGAUACUUGGAACGAAAUUCUUUUCAAUCUUAUUUUUUGAGUACAUUGUUAAUUUGUUAAAUUUAGCUAAUAAUUUUCAGGGAAAGAGAUAAUAAUGUUAUUAUGAUCAAUGCUUGAU